AUGGGUAUUCGUGGGUUUACCCAAGGCAUACAACGAUUUGGAGUCUUCUCACCAUUAAGUGGUGAUACCGUCGUUAUUGACGGGCCAGCUCUCGUUCACCGCAUCUCUGACGCAGUCUGCCGCCAACGGCCAUCUACAAGCGGAUUUGCCUGCCAACCCCCAUACUCCCUCCUUAGCCGUAUGGUAAUAGGCUGGCUUGACGAGUUAAAGAACCACAAUGUAAAUGUAAGGAAGAUAUAUUUUGAUGGAUACUUGCCUCCAAGCAAGUGGCAAGUGAGACAAGAGCGGCUCGUAAGCCAGUCGCAGAGCAUGAAAGCAUUGGCGUCUUCUCGGCCAUUUGGGUCACCUACGACACCAGAAGGCGCGUUUAGAGACGUAAGAGCCAAUACUACCUUAACACGGAUUUCCUCUCGAUCUUUGUUAGAUGCAUUACCAAAACCCGCUUUUAUGAUCCCGGCGGUUCUUGAGGCUUUAAAGGCCAGUGAAGACUGGGGUCCGUUGGUCGUAGUCGUCCCUGGAGAAGCUGAUAUAUUCUGUGCGCAAGAUAUUCGAGAGAAUGGUGGCACUUUACUAACAAACGACUCCGACUUACUCAUACAAGAUCUUGGGGUUAAGGGGUGUAUGUCAUUCCUUUGGGACGUCAUUCCAGUCGAUCCUGACUCGAAGGAAUCCGGUAUGGUAGCAAUGAAGAUAUCGCUUCAUGAUAUCAAUGACCGGCUAGGCUUGACAAAUCUUGGCGGUCUGCCUCGAGUUGCCUUCGAAAAGCAGAAGGGCUGGAUGAGCUUUGACGCAGCUGUACAGAAAGUACGGAACAGUCAUGAAGAUACGCUACAUUCCCCGGAGUAUCAGGCUUUUGUGGACGAGCUUCAAGGAAAGGAAUAUAUGCCAAGCCACCACCCGGUGUUUACUAUGCUUUCUAGCCUAGACCCAAGAAUAUCGGAAGUCGUCGUUCAAAUUUUACUUUUAGAGCAGAUGGAAGAAAACCCUACGGAAUCAGAUGACCCUGCGGAAUUAGAUGACCCUACGGAAUUAGAUGAGAAGACAUUGCGAGGUCCAGAGACACUUUCCAUAUUCCUUCCAGUCAUGGUUGAAAAUCAUGAUAAGAGAAGCGCAUGGACAAGUAGCACAAACAUUCGCCAAAUAGGGUACAGUAUCCUCCAGAACUUAGCACGUCAAAGAUACAACAAAAUCAUCGAGUAUCGUACCUUGGAUCCAUCGACGUCAUUGACCGGGCGACAAAUUGAGAUUCCUAACUUCGAAGAGACGGCUGACAAUUGUACUCAACUUGUAACAGUUCUGGACAAACUAGCAGAGGCCUUGCCAUCUUCGUUGCAGUGGCUGGCGUUUGCGGUAUAUCAGGACAUUGAAUGGUCCACGUCAGAACAACGCCCCUCUCUAUCAGCUACACUCGUCAACAAAAUAAUUAACGGGUCUAAAUUUCUGGAGGAAUACUCGUGGGACUUGAUACAUUUCACAGCCCAAGUCCAAGCCUGCUUAUACUCGCUGAGGAUAGUUAAACAGAUCUUAGACGUCGUUGUCUCUACAUCUACAAGUCAAGAUCUCCCAGCGCCAGCGCUCCAACUACACAACCGUCUCACACUAGUUCCUCUUAUUGGGGAAUGGCCUACUAUUGAACACAUGUCUGAUCUAAUGUCUAAGUUCGGUAAUGCAGAGGGACUCCGAGUCAUCACAGACAUGCUCGGAAUCCCAAGUAUCGAAAUAGCAGGGCCUUCUGAGGAUCCUACAGGGCCGAGAGAAAGACAGAAGCGAGAUACCGAGCUAUUGCCGCGCAAUGGACGCCAAAGAGAUAUCAAAAUAUCACCUUCUAUCAACCCUUAUGCCAUCCUCAGCCAAGAGUGCGAAGACUAA